AUGGCAGCCAACAGUUUUGCAGCCUCUUCAACUGUUGUUGGUUUGGGUACCUCCCAUCUCCACCGCUCCUUAUCCAAAUCUACUAACUUAACUUCAGAACCUGAGGUGCAUCCUGUCCAGAGUCGUUAUUUUGAUCUUCAUGAAUUAUUCAUAGAUGACAUUAUAUGGGUUGAUGAAGCUGUCAGCCUGCAGAAAGCGACUUCUUAUAUUGAAGGGUGUAAAGUUGUUGGUGUAGAUUGUGAAUGGAAGCCUAACUAUGUGAAAGGUAGCAGAGCCAACAAGUUGGCCCAUUCCUACCAGAAGUUGGACUGCUUCAAGCGUUACGAAAUGCUUUUGGAUAUCCAGAAAGUAUUCAAAGAGCCUUGUGGUGGGUUAUCUGGCCUAGUGAAGAAAAUACUGGGAGCUGGUCUAAACAAAACAAGAAGGAACAGCAACUGGGAACUAAGACCUAUGAGUCAGCAACAAUUGGACUAUGCGGCUCUUGAUGCCGUUGUUCUUGUUCAUCUAUUCCACCAUAUUGGCAGCCACUCUCAAGCUGUUGAUGUCCAAGACAAUAAUGCCAAAAUGGAGUGGAAAUCCCACAUUGUAAGUGCAUCGACUAAAUCAAAUCCAUCUCUUUUUAAAGCUGUGACUGGAGUGUCAAUUGUGGAUCAAAAUCAGGCUGUAAGGCUUCACAUGUUAGCGACACCAAGAUGUUGCGGAAGAAAGACCCUAGAGGUGAGAAGAAAUCUGAAGUUGACGUUGGGCAGCCUGAAUCCACUUGAGCUGCUUACAAGACAGAUUUGCAUUUCCAUUCUGUGAGGAAGAAUUGUAUAUAACAUAUAGUAGAGUUUAGUCAAAUGAUAACUCUUCAACGAAAUGUUGUCUUGCACUGUACAUAAUAUAUGGUAUAUACUGAUAAUACAUUGGCAACAGAUUGUAUAUAUCUCUAACGCUUAAUGAAUCCUUAAUAUU